AUGGCCAGCAAGGUCGACAAGAUCGUCGCCCGGCUGCAGCAGAAGAUCGCAGACGGCGACUACUACGAGGCCCAGCAGCAGGCCCGGGUAGCUGCCUCCCGGUACAUCAAGACCAAGAACUGGGACGCCGCCAUCGACACCCUGUUCAACGUCGCGCAGUCACUCCUCAAGGCCAGCCAGGGCGGCAGCGGCGGCGACUUGUGCAUCAUGCUGGUGGACGUGUACAAGCAGGCCGAGCUGGCCCCGGACUCGGCCUCCAAGGGACGCCUGCUGACGUGCCUGCGGCUGUUUGACGGGGAGGAGCCCACGAGGAAGAAAUGGUCGUCCAAACUCGGCGAAUAUCCGGCCGGAGACCCCGAGCUGCACCACGUGGCGGGGUCCAUCUACGCAGAAGAGCACGACACGUACGAGGCGGAGCGACACCUGCUUCUCGGGACCAGGGAUUCCCCCCAGCUUCUAUUCAACAUGGAGUAUGCUUGGUACAAGGAGGGCGACGCCCACCUCGCGCCGCACUUUGCCGGCCGAGCCGUCCUGGCCUACCUGCUCGUGGGCAACGUCCGCGCCGCCAACACCUGCUACCGCCUCUUCGUCGGCGCCCUGGCCGACGACAACCCCCGGCUCGGCGUCCAAGACGUGUCGAGCGCAAGCGCCCACGUCCGCGUCUUCCCCAGCCUCCCGCUCCUCAACUUCCUCGGCCUCCUCCUGCUUGCCAUCCAGCGCGCCGCCCCAGAGGUCUACAAGGGCCUCGUCUCCAAGUACGCCACGCACAUCAACGAGACGGACGCGUGGGCCGAGCCGCUGGAGAUGAUUGCCGAGAUGUACUUUGGCAUCGCGAAGCCGAGGCAGACCAAUCCCCUCAUGGACAUGAUGAGCGGGCUAUUCGGCGGCGGCGGCCCGCAGCCUCGUCAGCCGCCUCGGAGGCAGGGAAUCCGGGGCUCCGACGUCCCCGUUGCCGAGGGCCUAGAUUAG